GAUUGCACCGGUUAUAGUUAUUCUGGAAUCUUUUAUUUGUUAUCCAAGUGUCAACAUUUCCAAUAUUUGGAUCUUUCAAAAUGCUGUUUUUCUGACUGAUACACAUGUUGUGGAGCUGUCUUUGUUUCUGGGUGAUUUGGUAUCUAUAAACUUUGACUUGUUGUUCAUUACUCACAAUAUCUGCCGUCUUUGCACUCAUUAAGAGUUGUCCUUCACUUAGUGAUAUCAAAAUGGAACACACAGAAAUUGGGAAAAAGAGUCUAGAGAGUUCUAGAUCUUUGAUGGAUUUUACUGCACACCCUCAAUUAAAGUAUCUCCGUUUGGCUCACAAUCAAUGGUUAACAGAUGAAAACAUCAUAAUGUUUGCUUCUGUUUCCCCAAAUUUACAGUUGCUUGAUUUGAGCCAUUAUUGUGGCAUAGAAGAAGGUAUUGCUCAAGUUUUAAGAAUGUGCUGUAACGUUAGACAUUUGAACUUAUCCUUCUGUUCAAAUGUGAAGCUGCUUGAAAUGAACUUUGAAGUGCCGAAACUGGAGGUGUUGAACUUAUCAUUUACAGAAGUUGAUGAUCAAACACUUUAUGUGAUUUCAAAGAGUUUCCGUGGACUUCAACUAGUAUUACUGUGUUGUACUAAUGUCACAUUGAAGGGAGUAGAGCAUGUUGUAGAAAACUGCACGCAACUCAGGAAAGAUCAAGUAAGAUGGUUUUCAUAAAGUGCUUACUAAUGUUGUUGCCUCGAUCGUAUUUUCAAGUCCAUCAUUGAGAAAGAAAACAAGUUGUUUUGUUCAGUGACAUAAAUAAGAAAUACUUCUUGCAUCAUGGAUGCAUUGUUUGCUAGCAUUAUUAUUUAUCAUUUAUCAAAGUUUAAGUUCUGGAAUAUAAGAUGUUUUUGUUUUCAGAUUUACUUCUCUAUGAACCAAGUUAUGUUAUUUCAUUUCAAUUACUUAAUAGCAACUCUAGAAUGUUGUAAGGAAGUUAUGUUAUGUUAUACCACUAGUAGUGUAGACCUCACAUAGCCUAUCAAAACCAUGUAAGUUAGUUACAGAUUGUUGAAGCAUGUGUGCAGGUUAACU